GUGCAUUCAAGCGUAGCAUCAGAUAACCAAGGAAGUCUCAAUCACUGCCGAAAAUUAAUAACCGACGCGAUGGCAUCAUUGUCCCACAUCCCGAAGCCUCACUGGCUUCUUUUCAACCCCUACUUGACGACGAAAGAGAAAAUCAUUUCCUUUCUUAUUGAUUUCGUCUUUUACAUGAUGAACUUGACGGGCCUUCAAGAYAUAGAGAUGGGAGGUGUGAAAUGCAAAAAAAUUUUGCUGAAGGCUCGACAAUCGAUGGUAGGCAUGUCUAACGCGRGUAGUAAAAUGGAACUAAAGAAUUGGUUGGCCGCAACGCCUGCAGGUCUCAUAGCCGAAUCUUCUGGGUCAAUCCCAUUUCGAAAGAACAUUCUACGGGAGUGGAAUAUUAUAGACGAAGACACAGUGCUCCCGGAUGUCGCAUCCAAAGACCGAAAGGGGGUUGGGGUACUCGUCCGUUUUCCUGCAUCGUUGUUGCCCGACGAAUUGAAAGAAAACGGAAAGAUUUUGGAUGAUUCUGAAUGCCUAGCGGUUGACUUUGGCAAGGUUGACUGGAAAGUGUUUUCUCCCGAAGUUCCAAUCAUUAUACUAUUCCAUGGAGGUGGAAUGAACAUUGGUGGGCCCAACGACACAAUUUUAGUUGAAGACAUGUCAAGACUAAUUCAAAACUGCCCAUCGCAAUCAUCCCGUGACAUCAUCACUGUCAGUGUCGACUACAGUUUGGCACCCGAAGAUCCAUUUCCACUAGGAGUCAUGGAUGCMCUCUCAGUUGUAGAUUACUUUCUUCGCGAAAAUAGUAUUCGAAAAGGAGUCCACAUCACCGGCACGUCUGCUGGAGCGAAUUUAUCCCUCGUCUGUGGUUUCGAAAGCUUUCGAAGGUUUCCUGGUAGAAUCCUAUCUAUUCAGUCACAAGCUCCCAUGCUCGAUCCUUCGAGUGCCUCUAUGAGCUACUACAUGAACCAAAGGUCGUAUCCAAGUGUGAGCUGGCUCCGUUGGUCUUGGCAAGCCUACCUGGGGCUGGAAAAGAUAGAAUACAAGGACGAUGGMGACAACGAAACACCAUUGGAGAAACUUUUGCGAAAGGAUUCCAAUCACACCUCCUGGAAAAAAUGGAAGACCGAAACCUAUCCCUCGGAAGCGCUUCACAGACUGGUCAACCCGCUGCUAGGAAUACCCGAUGGUCUCAAUAUCGACAACUGCAACGACGAAGGGACGAAGAAACCCCCUACCAUCAUCGUGCGGUACUACCAGGGGGAUCCGUUGUACAGCGACGGAAAGGCCGCAGAGACCGCUCUAAAACCAAAAACGGGUUCCAAUGCAAACUUUUAUGAGGAACUCGGGCUACACUGUGGGAUCCUUGGUCCGUAUAACCCGGAUGCUCCCCAGGAGUUCUGGACCGUUUGGUCCGAGGCACUUUUCCACGGCGGCGAUUGAGUACCACACUUCAAGCAAUAAAAGGGUUUCACAAGGGUAUUGCUUUCCAAACAYAUACAGCAAUUACAUCCUACAACAUCCUGUGCGCCUAAGAACUGUUUCAACGAACUCCKCCUUUUUCAAGCUACAAGUGCAUMCCUUUCCGGGACAGGCCAUCGUUCCUCUAAUUUYCCCCUCGUGGCAUGCUAUGCACUGGAGAUUUUCCUCUUCUACGUAUUUUCAUACGUUGCCAUAAAUUUUGAAUARGUAA